AUGCUCUUACUUAUACACCUGCUCGUACUUCUUAUAGUACACUUCACUCCCUCGCUGGCAGACCAUGACUAUGCCUUUCAUCCCUCAUGCGCUCGUUAUCCUUCAAUUCGUGCCCAUGCCCAGGAAACUAUAAGAAUAGCCUCACUAGUCUUCGAGACUGUGCAGGAUAUAGACAAUCUUGGUAUCGACGAUCUGCGCAUCAUGUAUCAGAUGACUUUUGAACCAGCACCUCAUGAUAUCGUACUUGUUGCAGAGACUAAACACGCUCUUCUCCAAAUGAUGCACACAAUUGAGGAGUAUACAGAGCUGCAAAGUGGGGACAACGCAUUCGACUGGCGAAGCGCAGAGAUUCUCAUCUUCUGCGAUGAUGACCGCUGGGUACCGAUGCGGGACCGUACCGAAUUUCCCUCUGGUAUCAACUUCCACGGUCACCCUCCCCCUGGGCUACGAAACUCUAUGCAGGACCCCGAAAAUGUGCUAUGGGUUGAUCGUGUGAUUGCCCUCGAGAGCCUGCAAUCAGUACAUGCCUGGAGCAGAGAUAGCGACCACAAGCGGCUGUUUCGGCAACUGUUCGGACUCGAUCGCAAUUAUGUGGAGAUCCAAAUGAUCAGAGGCUCACUUGCGGAUUUCUUUUGGAUGCUUUCGACGCUUCCAGAGGCGUUCGGCACAAGGGCUAGAAUCUUGUCAAUGGCAGACACAAUCAUCUUCUGCAAUGAUGAUCGCUGGCAGCAGCUACCGGACCGUCCCGAAUCUCCCCCUGAGCUACGCAACUCUGAGCUGCCGGUUAACCAACGAAUGUGGUUUGAUACUGUAGUCCGUAUGAGGACGAGGGGCACGCCAGGUUGUCUUCAGGAAGGAAUGGAUGACGUGUUCUACCCAAGCUCGAUCAGGUGUUAUGCGUGUACUCAAUUCUCAUGGUGUGGAAAUCGAUGGCCAACAGACUCAUACCGUCUCAUCUCGAACCCUGAUAACGGUGCAUCCAUCCGCGGUUCAAGGAUCAAAGACAUCACCGGAAAUUAUCUAAGUAUUGUGUUUCUACGUAUGCUUAUACGCUCGCCGCGCAUGCAGAUGGUUUUUCACGGGGCGGACGCGGCAAUACGCGAUCAGUCUAGUAACUCAGGACCCUACAAUAGGAAACGUCUUUUGAUGUAUGCCGUGGGGGUCUAUCUUAAUCACCUAGGCUACAGGUUUGAAUGGGAUUCUCGUGGUACAACGAAUUACCGGAUAGUAGGGGCACCUUGA